AAAAAACAGUGAAGUACCAUACGUAAAGUCUGUUGUUACUAUUUAUUAUAUAUUUAAAAUAAAGAUAAAUAGUUUAUGUAAUAUUUGUGCGUCCUCAUUCCUAAGUUAAUUACAUCUAUAAAGAACGCGAAAGUAUAAUUCAAGAUUAAAAUCUUACUUAGUGAGUGACAUUCAUUAAUAUAAAAUCAUGUCGGUUCCCCCACAAGCAUUUGUAAAUAAAAAUAAGAAGCAUUUCCUAGGCAUUCCUGCACCUCUAGGAUAUGUUGCUGGUGUUGGCCGAGGUGCUACUGGAUUCACUACUCGUUCUGAUAUUGGUCCAGCAAGAGAUGCAAAUGAUGUCUCUGAUGAUCGUCAUGCACCACCUGUAGCUAAACGUAAAAAAACAGAGGAUGAAGAUGAUGAUGAAGAUUUGAAUGACUCAAACUAUGAUGAAUUCUCUGGAUAUAGUGGAUCAUUAUUUUCAAAGGAUCCAUAUGAUAAGGAUGAUGCAGAAGCUGAUGCAAUUUAUGAAUCUAUUGACAAACGAAUGGAUGAGAAAAGGAAAGAGUAUAGAGAAAAAAGACUCAAGGAAGAUUUAGAGAGAUAUCGUCAAGAAAGACCCAAAAUACAGCAACAGUUUUCAGAUUUGAAAAGAGAGUUAAAAACUGUUUCCGAAGAUGAAUGGUCUGCAAUUCCUGAGGUUGGUGAUGCUCGCAACAGAAAACAACGUAAUCCAAGGGCCGAGAAAUUUACGCCCCUGCCUGAUAGUGUGUUGUCAAGAAACCUUGGUGGUGAAUCUUCAUCAUCCAUAGAUCCUGGCUCUGGUUUGGCUUCCAUGAUGCCUGGAGUUGCCACACCUGGAAUGUUAACUCCUUCGGGUGACCUUGAUCUCCGGAAGAUUGGCCAAGCCAGAAACACUUUGAUGACAGUAAAAUUAUCACAAGUAUCAGAUUCAGUGACAGGACAAACAGUUGUUGAUCCUAAAGGAUAUUUGACGGACUUACAAUCUAUGAUACCGACAUAUGGUGGUGACAUUAAUGAUAUCAAAAAGGCAAGACUACUACUGAAGUCAGUCAGAGAGACAAAUCCUAAUCAUCCCCCUGCUUGGAUAGCUAGCGCUAGAUUAGAGGAAGUGACAGGAAAGAUCCAGGCAGCCCGAAAUCUAAUAAUGAAGGGUUGUGAAGUCAACCCCAGCAGUGAGGAAUUGUGGCUAGAAGCGGCAAGGUUACAGCCUGCAGACACUGCCAGGGCAGUUAUAGCACAUGCAGCAAGGAAUCUACCCAGCAGUGUGAGGGUAUGGGUGAAGGCUGCCGAAUUAGAGCAGGAACCCAAGGCCAAACGACGAGUGUUCCGUAAAGCUCUAGAACACAUUCCGAAUUCCGUUCGUCUGUGGAAAGCAGCUGUCGAGUUAGAAAACCCAGAAGACGCGCGGAUAUUACUGUCCAGAGCCGUGGAGUGUUGUCCGACCAGCGUCGAGCUUUGGUUAGCAUUGGCUCGCUUGGAGACAUAUGAGAAUGCGAGAAAAGUACUCAAUAAGGCACGUGAAAACAUUCCUACAGACAGGCAGAUUUGGGUCACGGCUGCCAAAUUAGAAGAAGCUCAUGGCAACACUCAUAUGGUGGAGAAAAUAAUAGACCGUGCUAUCACAUCGCUUAGUGCCAACGGUGUCGAAAUUAACAGAGAACAUUGGUUUAAAGAGGCCAUGGAGGCAGAGAAGUCAGGUGCGGUGCAUACUUGUCAGGCGAUAAUUCGUUCGGUGAUCGGACACGGUAUUGACCCUGAGGAUCAAAAACAUACUUGGAUGGAAGACGCUGACGCGUGCGCCCACGAAGGAGCCUAUGAAUGUGCGCGGGCUGUUUACGGAUAUGCUCUAUCCGUGUUUCCGUCAAAGAAGUCCAUCUGGUUAAGGGCGGCCUACUUAGAGAAACAACACGGAACUAGAGCCAGCCUGGAAGCGCUUCUGCAGAGAGCCGUCGCCCAUUGUCCGAAAUCUGAAGUGCUGUGGCUUAUGGGGGCCAAGUCUAAGUGGCUUGCAGGUGACGUGCCGGCCGCUCGGGGUAUAUUGUCUCUGGCGUUCCAGGCCAACCCCAACUCAGAGGAGAUCUGGUUGGCAGCUGUCAAGUUGGAGAGCGAGAACAAGGAGUACGACCGAGCGAGGCGGCUGCUCGCUAAGGCCAGGGCCUCCGCGCCGACACCGAGGGUGAUGAUAAAAUCAGCGAAGUUGGAAUGGGCAUUAAACAAUAUGGAGGAAGCGUUGAAACUGCUGGAUGAAGCUAUCAAAGUGUUUGGAGACUACGCGAAGCUGCACAUGAUGAAAGGGGAAAUAGAGGAGCAGAUGGGACGAGACAGUGAUGCUCAUAAUACGUACACGCAGGGGCUCAAGAAAUGCGCAACUUGCGUGCCAAUGUGGAUCCUACUAUCAAGACUGGAAGAGAAACUGAAGCACGUGACGAAAGCGAGGUCAGUGCUCGAGAAGGCGAGGUUAAGGAACCCGAAGAAUCCAGAAUUGUGGUUAGAGAGUGUUCGACUCGAGAGUCGCGCAGGUAGCGCGGAGAUCGCAGGCGCGGUGAUGGCUAAGGCUCUACAGGAAUGUCCGACCGCGGGCAGGCUGUGGGCCGAGGCGAUAUUCAUGGAGUCCCGACCGCAAAGGAAGACCAAAAGCGUGGACGCGCUCAAGAAGUGCGAGCACGACGCCCACGUGCUGCUGGCGGUGUCGCAGCUGUUCUGGACGGAGAGGAAGAUCACCAAGUGUCGUGACUGGUUCAACAGGACGGUAAAGAUAGACCCGGACCUCGGAGACGCGUGGGCGUACUACUACAAGUUUGAGUUGCUGCACGGCAACGAGCAGCAACAAGAAGAAGUCAAGUCGCGCUGCAAGGCUGCCGAGCCCCACCACGGGGAGCGCUGGUGCCAGGUCUCCAAGCAGAUAGCCAACUGGUGCUUCAACACGGAGCAGGUGCUGUUGUUGGUGGCCAAGAACUUACCUGUACCCACAUAGUGAGGCAUAGGAUGCCCGCCAGAUUGUGGGUAUGUGGUAUUACCACAACGGCGCCUUUUUCUGCCGUGAAGCAGUAAUAUGUAAGCAUUGCUGUGUUUCGGUCUGAAGGGCGCCGUAGGUAGUGAAAUAUCUGGGCAAAUUAAACUUAACAUCUUAUGUCUCAUGGUGACGAACGCAAUUGUAGUGCCAGUAUUUUUGGAUUUUUCUAUAAUCCUGAACGGCACUGCAUUGUAACGGGCAGGGCGUAUCAAUUAUCAUCAGCUGGAACGUCCUGCUCGUCUCGUCCCUUAAUGUCAUAAAAAAAUUAACAGGACGAGUACUGAAGCUUAUAUUUUGAAUGCGUGUUUUUUAUGGAUUUUAGUGAAGAAACAAGUACUUAGAUGAUCUAAAAUUUAAGACCUAUGCGGGACUCGGACAUGCGUAUCUCAGGUUCUGUUCGAGCGCUCUUACCAACUGAGUCAACCGUCCGAGUGACGCAUCGAACAUAAACCUUGUUCAACUCUCAGGUUGAUAACCUGCUCAACCCCAAUAUUUGCAUAUUAGGAAAUUUAAUUGAAAUGUCGAAUUUUUGCAAAUCUAAACAAUUUGUUAUAUUUAAGUGAUACCCUCACUUGUGGGAUUAAAUAUACAAAUUUAAUUAGUUGUAGAUACAAGACACGACUUGAGAGUUGAAACAAGACACCAAAAUUUCGGUGGAUGCAUCACUCGGACGGUUGGCUCAGUUGUUAAGAGAGCUCGGACGGAAUCAGAGAGACGCGGGUUCAAGUCUGCAUCGUCAAUGAUUUUUGAUACAAAUAAAAUUUGUACAUUUAAUCCCAGAAGUUAAGUAGUGUUAAACGACAGUAUCUGCUCAUAAUAGUGACAUUGUGAUCUAACUUGUAAUAUGUAAUAAGGCACAUGCAAAGUAAUACGUCCAGAGAUGUGAAUUUUGGUUUUGUGACGGCCGCCAUGACACUCAGAGUAGAUUGAAAAAAAAUACAAUAAUUUGCGAUGCAGCCUAUUAUAUUACUGAAUCUUAACAAAAUAGAUGAGAAAUAACUUACAUAAAAUCUGUCAUGACCAUUAUAAACUUCUGUUACCAAAAAGGUCCAAUAAAUUAUUAGCAAUUAACCAACUUUUUAAUAUUGUCAACUUCAAAAUACAGUACUUACCAUUGAUAACCAUAAUACUAGCGUAUAGACGAACUGAUAAGUGACUGCGGGACCAAUAUUGAUUUGUCAACGUGUGUGUUAGCUAGUGUUUUAAUAUUCAAAAUACUACGGAACUAUUGCGUGGCUGAUUUGCUUUGCCUUUGUAUCUUGCUGUGUCUCCGUUGAGAUGUUCUUCCGUCUCGCUCGCUGUUUGUCUCUACGCUAAUAUUACUACUCAGCAAGCAGAUUCAGUUGCAAAUACUAUUUUAAAUUGUUUUGUUUUGGAACUUAAACUAACCAAACAUUUUUUUUUUGUUUUUUUCUAAUCUCGCUGAUUGCGGAUAAAUUUAUUAGUUCAUUGUUUAAAUACUAUUAGUUCGUAUUUUCGAUUUAGUUUUUGAUUUAUAUUAAUAAAAUGUAACAUGUAAUGUUAAGUGUAAAUAUGUACAUUGUUUUUUUUUUCAUAUAAUAUAUUAAGUAUCUAGAAAUAAGGCCUGAAGGCCCAAAUUUUAUUAGUGUGAUGAAAACCGGAAUAUAGAAGGAGAAGAAGUAGUUAUCUAAAUGACGACAGAUUAAGCGAGAAGUGUAAUAUGUAUUAUGAUAAGUAAUUAUUGUAAUUAUAUUACUAAGUAGCAUU